AUUGAUUUCAAUUCUGGGAUUCAUUUGAUGUGAAAAACCAAAACAUUUUCAUCGAAAGUAUUAAAACAAGUGUUUGAAUGAAAAGUAAUGAAUGAAUUGAUUGUUUGUAUGGUUUGAAUGAAUCGGUGUUGACAUUGAAAAUGGUAUCAAAACUAUUAUUUCUGAAGUAUUUGUCACUAUUAGUGCUGACAAUACAGACGACAACAUUGGUUAUGAUAUUAAGAUUUUCUCGCAUUAAUUACAAUGAAAUGGACGGCAAUUAUAUCAGUAGUACUGCUAUUGUGUUGAGUGAAGUGAUCAAACUUUUUGUUUCACUACUUAUACUCACACUUCAGUCUAAUUGGUCGUUGAGAAAAUUGGGCCAACUUUUGGCCACCGAAGUGGUGGCCAAACCGGAAGACACGGCCAAACUCCUGGUUCCGGCCCUUCUCUACACCAUUCAAAAUAAUCUACUCUUUAUAGCACUCACUAACUUAGACGCCGCCACUUAUCAGGUGACAUAUCAGCUUAAAAUCCUGACGACAGCCCUCUUCUCGGUUUUAAUGUUACACAAAAGACUAGCACUUAAUCAAUGGUUUUCAUUGAUGUUACUCACGAUUGGCGUAACUUUAGUGCAAUGGCCACAAAGCGCAUCGCCCGACACCACCAAUAAAGCUGAUGAUAUGAUGAGUGAAGUGAUGGCAAACGCGGAACCGGUGGGCAAUCGCUUGUUGGGAGUGCUGGCAGUGUUGGCCUCGUGUUUCUCUUCGGGCUUUUCGGGCGUUUAUUUCGAAAAAUUAGUCAAAUAUACCUCUCAGUCGCUAUGGAUUAGGAACACACAAAUGGCUUUCUUCUCAGUCAUCAUCGCAUCCAUAGCUAUGUUUAUACAAGACUAUGAUCUCAUUUAUACCAAUGGUUUCUUUCAGGGCUAUAACACGUUGACAUGGAUUGUGAUACUAUUGCAAGCAUUUGGUGGACUAGUAGUGGCGUUAGUUAUGAAAUAUGCGGACAAUAUCCUCAAAGGGUUCGCCACAUCCAUAUCGAUAGUAUUGUCUACUAUUUGCAGCAUUUAUCUGAUGGCAGACUUCUUUCCGACCAAUUCCUUUCUUUUUGGCGCUUUUAUUGUCAUUUUAGCCAAUAUUUUGUACGCCUGUUAGACAUUAACCGACCAUUUAUUAUAAUUAUAUAUUUAAUUC